GCGAGACUGAAGGACCAAACGGGGUGGGCAGGGCGCGUGGGGAAGCUUCCGCGCGUGCGCAGUAAGGCCUGUCUGCCCGACCUUCAAGCAAGGCCGGUACCACCACCAUGUUCUCUCGGGCGAGCGUCGCUGGGCUGUCUGGCCGCGCCUUGCAGUCGCAAUGGAUCCAAAUUCGAAAUAUGGCAACUCUGAAAGAUAUUACCAGGCGACUAAAGUCAAUCAAAAACAUCCAGAAAAUUACCAAGUCUAUGAAAAUGGUAGCAGCAGCGAAAUAUGCCCGAGCUGAGAGGGAAUUGAAACCAGCUCGAGUGUAUGGAAUAGGAUCUUUGGCUCUGUAUGAGAAAGCUGAUAUUAAGGUACCUGAAGACAAGAAGAAACACCUCCUUAUUGGUGUAUCCUCAGAUCGAGGACUUUGUGGUGCUAUUCAUUCCUCGGUUGCCAAACAGAUGAAAAGUGAGGUGGCUACACUCACAGCAGCUGGAAAAGAAGUUAUGCUUGUUGGAGUUGGUGAUAAAAUCAGAGGCAUACUUCAUAGGACGCAUUCAGAUCAGUUUUUGGUGACAUUCAAAGACGUGGGAAGAAAGCCCCCUACUUUUGGAGAUGCAUCGGUCAUUGCUCUUGAAUUACUAAAUUCUGGAUAUGAGUUUGAUGAAGGCUCUAUCAUCUUUAAUCGAUUCAGGUCUGUAAUCUCCUAUAAGACAGAAGAAAAGCCCAUCUUUUCUCUUAAUACUAUUGCAAGUGCUGAGAGCAUGAGCAUCUAUGAUGAUAUUGAUGCUGAUGUGCUGCAAAAUUACCAAGAAUACAAUCUGGCCAACAUCAUCUACUACUCCCUGAAGGAGUCUACCACCAGCGAGCAAAGUGCUAGAAUGACAGCUAUGGACAAUGCCAGCAAAAACGCUUGUAAGCUCACAAUAAGGACAGAACUAGCAGUAAUGUUUGUGAGCCCAGGGUGUACCUCUGCUGAUGUUGCCCAGAGUAGCAUCAAAAAAUAGUAGUCAGGUAUGGUGGUUCAUGCCUAUAAACCGAGGCUGAAGCAGUAGAAUCCCAAGUUUGAAGUCAACUUAGUAAGACUCUGUCUCAAAAUAAAAAUACAGAAGUACUGGGGAUGUAGUUCAGUGUUAAAGUGCCCCUAGAGUCAAUCUCUAGUACCAUAAGUGGGCAGGGGGGUCAGGGGGACACCAUUAACAAUAUAUUCUCUGCCUCAGAGGGAAGUGCAUCUUACUUGAUAGAUUUGCAAAUACUGUGCAAGGUAUCUAUGGAAGAUAUAAAAAUGACUUCAUAAAAUUUUUUUUUUUGAGAAGUCAGUUUGGGAAUCCAAGAAGAAACAAUCUCUUGAGCUGGAUCUGUAAUUCAGUGGUAAAGCGCUAGCCUCGCAUGUGUGAGGCACUGGGUUUGAUCCUUAGCACCACGUAAGAAUAAAUAAAGAUACUGCAUAUUCAUCCACAACUUAAAAAAAAAAAAAA